AUGUCAUACCUUCCUUUUUCGUUUCUUAUUGUUCUGUGUAACUUAAAUACCCAUGGUCUGAGGGUGAUUCUUUCCUCAGACUCUUACCCUCUGGACCACAGUCCUGUUGUUAUAGAGCUUCUUUUUGGCACUCUCUCUGUGCCAGUCGCUUCUUUGUCACUGCGCUCAACAAUAAAUUGCCAAGGAGCAUUGGUGGUUUCUAGGGGGUGA